AUGGGGAUUUCUGUCCAGAACAUCACUGGUAACACAGCAAUGGUUAUCUGGCCAUCAAUCUCAAGCUGUGCCGAUAGCUUCUACAGUGUCAUGUACCAGUCUAACUGGAACACAAUGAUGUCGGAGUACUCCAAGAAGAACUUCCAAAAGGAGGAAAGGAUUCCCACCAGCAGGACUUCCUGUAUCAUAGAGAAUCUCACUCCUCUCACUACAUACAUAAUCUGCGUCACUUGCCAGUCAGCCAUUCCCUCUAGUGACCAAUGCAGGAUCUUUCAAACGUUAGGCCAGGAUCACUCGGUAGUAAACAGCAAGAAAAAGGACUUAGCCUUAGGCAUCUGGCUGACCAGCAGCAUCCUUCUUUUAAUUAUUGCCUGCAUCAUGAUCUACGGUUGCUUGCAUAUAUGGUGGCGGAAACGGCAAGAAAGAGCCAGAGAGGAAAAUGCAGGAACCAAUGAGCACAGCAAGAAAGAAGCUUGGACAAAAAAUGAUGGUGUGAUGAUGGAAGAAUACGAGGAAGCUGAACACGAAGCUUUCAGAGAUGACAACAAGAGAGAAGACACCUUCCCCGAUGAGUGCUGCAGAAAUACUAUCCCCAAACACCCUUUGACAUCAGAUAAAAGGAAUAGUUUAAAUUGCACUUAUCAAGAGGAAUUCACUGCACAUCCUCCAGAAAUUAACUAAGUUAUUUGCAGUUGCUCUGUGUAUUUUUUUCUUGUUACUUUAUGUCAUUGGUUUAGUAAAGCAACAAACUGUGCAAUGAAAUGAAUGCAUGUUAAUGUUUAGCUGUUUCAUAUUCUGGUAGACAAUACAUGGGUUUAAUUACUU